UCCUCCCGGCGGCGGCGGCUACCCAGAGAGCUGCACAGCCACGGCCAGGCAGGCGCGAGGAACGGGCCUCAACCGCCGCUUCCUCCUCCUCUUCCUCCUCCUGCGGGCCCGAGUCCACCAGAGGCUGGGGCGACGCUCCAUCCCCGGCGGCGCGGCGACAGCACCCGCUACUCCGACUUACCCCUGGGCCCCGGCUGAGGAAGCGGCGCCGGCGCGGCCCAGCAUGCGAGUGUGAGAUGUUUCGCCCGUCGUCGUCGGCAGCAGCAGCAGCAGCGGCUCCUGACUGGGCCCAGGCGGCUUCGGCGGGCCCCGCGCGGCGGAUGCGACUCCGGAGCCGGCGCUUCGCCCUCCACAAACAUUUCUAUAGGACUCAUUCGCCUUGCUGAGGAGAAUAUAUAUCUAUCUACAUAUAUAUUCUCAAUAUAUAUAUUGAGGAGAGAGAAACACAUACGCAGGACCAAAAACAAAACCCCCUCCCCUCAUAAAGAGAGAGAGAAGUAAGAGGCAGGCAGAGGCCUAAAGCCUCUCGAGCGGCCGUUAGUUUUCGCCCCUCAUCAAGGCUCCCCGCCCCCCCGCUCACGCCACGCGCAGGCACCGACACUCACACCCCGGGGGCCCCGUUAGGUCCAUGGAGGCGGCCGGCCGAGCCCCGCCGCUCAGCGCCGCCCAGCUGGGCCGCCUGCGGGACGAGCAUGGAAAGGUAAACUGGGGGCGGGGAAGGUGGGCCUGGGGAGGGGAGGGGGCGAGGGACGGAAGGCGCCCUCCUGGUGGGGAGCCGCGUGGCUGUGAGGAGGGCAAGGGGGUGUUCUGACGCCAGGCCCGGCGCCUCAGGCCUGGUCGGGGGCGCCUCGUGAGGUAUGGGUGGGGGUAAGUUGGGGGGGUAUUGCUGGUAUUGGGGAGGGGCCCGCGAGGGUCGGCUGGCAGGGGAGCGGAAGGGGACCCCGUCAGGGGGUGUGUCAGGCACGCUCCCUGUGUCAUGGCAGCGCCAUGUGGAGGGUUUGUUUUGCAGAGGGUUUCCUUUCCACUUCCCCAUGUAUGUGUGCAUGAUGGACUUGCCUGUGUGUGUGUGUGAGAGAGAGAGAGAGAGAAAGAGAGAGAGAGCACGCGCUUUAAACAGUGCAAUUAUUGGUAAUUCCCCCCCCCCCCCCAAAAAAAAACCGUAGUGUGAGUUGACAGUGCAAUUUUAACCUUUCCUACUUGGAAAUAAGUUCAUCUGGAUGGUACCCAGUGUUGGUUCUACUCGGCUUAGACCCCCUUGAAAGUAACGUGGUGGUUAUUGCUAUUCUUACAACACUGUUUUAAUGUAUAUUUACUUAUAUAUUUUACUACAGUUAUAUCCUUCUUCUUUCUUGAAAGUGGCAUACAUAAUUCUACCCACUCCUCAUUUAAUCCAACAACAACCACCACCCUGUCAAGUAGGUUAGGCUGAAAGGCAGUGACUGGCCCCUAAUUAUUAUUAUUAUUAUUAUUAUGAUGGACGGCUUCCAACAGAAUAUUAAAAUACAGUAAUCCACCAAACAUUAAAAGCUUCCCUAAACAGGGUAGCCCCAGGUAGGGCUUGCUCCAAGGUCACCCAGGGAGCUUCAUGGCUGAGUUGGGGACUUGAGCUCUGGUCUCUCAUUGGCCCUAGUUGGACACUGUGUUAUCUCUUGUCUCCCCAAGUCGGAAUUCAAGGUGACUUCCAACAUUUAAAAACAACAUUAUAAAAUACAGUACAAAGUGAUAAGCAAGCUCGCUUAAAAAAAAACUAGUAAAAAACAAUAGAUAAAAUACACCACAACACAUUUAAAACCAGUAAUUAAAGUACAGUUUGCCUUGAUCAGCAGUCCAGUGAUCAGCAUCUUAGUUUUUGAAGGCCUGUCUGAACAAGGUCUUAGCCUGCUGCCGAGAAGGAUUGCAAAGAAGGAGCCAAUCUAACAUCUUUUGGGAGGGAAUCUGGGAGGAGCCUCAGAAAAUACUGUCUCAUGACACCACCAAAAGUUAUAUCCAUUGCAGUGGUACCUUGGGUUACAUAUGCUUCAGGUUACAUACGCUUCAGGUUACAGACUCUGCUAACCCAGAAAUAGUGCUUCAGGAUAAGAACAUUGCUUCAGGAGGAGAACAGAAAUCGUGCUCCGGCGGCGCGACAACAGCGGAAGGCCCCAUUAGCUAACGUGGUGCUUCAGGUUAAGAACAGGCCUCCGGAACAAAUUAAGUACUUAACCUGAGGUACCACUGUACUUCCAAUGGGUCUAUUCUGAGUAGAACUCACAUUGGAUACAAAUCACGGUGCUUCAGGUAGGGCUUAUGUCCAGGCAAUUGUGCAUGGAGUUGUAGGCUAAAAUGCAAACUUUACUUGGGAGUAAGUUCCGUUGAACUUCAGAGGACUGGCUUCUUAAUAGGCCAGAGUUGUAGAUAAGCCCACAAAAGUUUUUGGCCUGCGAUAAAAACUUUUUUAAAACAAGCCUGCAGAGGAAUAGUAGUGUUUGGUUUCUGUGCUGGGUGCAAUCACUUGCUCACUUGGCCUGCAUUCAGUUCUUGACUGCAACUAUUAGAGCUGAAAUAGUGCUACAUACUAAAAAGAAAAAAGACAUCGAAGCAUACUAUUUAGCCUCUUGAAAGUUGCAAUGAUACAUUUAUUUGGAAGUGAGUCCACAGAAAUUGGUAAAACUUACUUCCAAGUAUGUGGUUUGUUUAUGAGAGUUGAGCAUGUUCAGUAGCUACAGAACUUUUGAGUGUCAGUUUGGAAAGAGAAACACAAAGGGGGCCACAGAAUGGGUUGCAGGGCUGCUGCAACAAACAGCUGCAGCUGUUUGUUGCAGCAGCCCUGGCGACAAGCUCUGCGGGUGAAUGGUGCUUCUGGAGCUGGCCAGGGGGUGCUUCCCAGGUCUCUGUGGGGCAGUGUGAGAAGGCACCUCUCUUUGGGGCAGGGGGGCAGCUCAGAGACCAGGGGCGGCAGCUGCGGCUACCCAGAGGAAUCCCAAGGAGAGGGGAGAGGACAGGUGACUGAGGGAACAUUCUAUAAGAGAAGGUAUUCGAGAAAGGGUGAGGGGCUGCCAGUGUCAGUAUAUGGAAACAUCGCAGCUGCAAACAGCCAGCUUGUUGACAUCACCUAUCAAAAUCUCCCUGGUCUGUCUGGAUGUCAGCCAGAGGAGGUUACCGGUAUGCAAGCUCCAAGGACAGUGAGAGGGGCCAGCCUCUAAGGAGGGGGCUUGCAAAACAACAGCCAGCUCUGCAGGGAAGGGGUGACAUAACUAGGGUCCUGAGCCCUACAGGGGUGCUGCAGAAAGAAUGUAGUUGGUCAAGGGACUGAGCCAGGGACUCAGAAAGGUUGAAAACCUCUGACUUAGGGUAUUCUGUAGGAGUGAUAUGGCUGACUGACUGGAACCCUGAACAGGAGUGUUCCUGUUUGAAAGUGAGGACACAGCAAUAUAUUGUUGCCUAUCCCACAUGUUACUCUAGGAGUAAAACAGCUGAAUGAUGGGGAUAAACUGACCAAUGGUUGUCUUCAGGCUGGACAGAUUGGAAGUCCUGUGCUUAUUCUGGCUAUCAGGAAAUCACAUACAACAUGCUGUGAGGGUAUGAUAGGACUACCACAUGGGGAACAAGGCAGAAAAAGCACACCACUUUACUUUGGAAAGACAUUACCAUGGUUCAUACAUUCAGUGGGAGAAGUUGCUGUGGUACAGUGUGGCGGUGAAGUGGUGCAAGCAGCUUCACUCCAUUGCACAACCUUGACUGUGCACUGAACCAUCCACAUGAUCAUCAGUCAUGCUCAGGCUUGGUUCAUAUCUUUUCACCUCUUUCAUAUGGGAUAAGCAACAUCAACUGGGCCUCCGCAUGACUGGCCAUUUCUGCAGAAAGUGUGGUUUACACUGGAAACUAAUUGUGUUUUAGAGGAAUAGGACUUGGCUCGCCCAUCAUAGGGUCGCUGUUUUUUUGUUUGUACUUUCUACAUGUGCUUGCACAAACACUGAAAAGUAACUUAAGUGGAGCAGAGGAGCUCCCUAUAUAUUACAUUUCUUUGAAUCCCUUUGCAUGUUGUACAGGACUACUGUAUAGACAAACACCAGGUCAGCUAGUGUGGGAGAAUGCAGCAGAAAUAAUAGAAAAAGCAGCAUUUGCAGAUGGCUUAGUGUCUCCUGUUGAAGUGCUAUUACAUUCUAUUUUCCUGUCCACAAUCCCUAGUGAGGUGAGCAGAAUACAUUAGUUAUCCAUCCCUAUGAGAUGCUUUUAAGACACUUUGGAUGGGGUGAAAAUAUGACUUUUUUGGUUUUGUAUUGCACUGAUAACUUUGGGAAAAUUUUACAUUUUAUUUGUCUUGCAAGAGGAUAGAUUCUUGUUCCCAGCAUUGUACAAGUAAGGGUGAAGAGAGCCCCUUCUGCUAUGUUUAAUCAUAGAGAUCUGAUAUAGUUGGGGUUAUUUUGUUCUGUUACAGUUUAAAAUGUUAGCAUUAACAAUAUUAAACAAUAGUAAGCUAUAGUAGUGGUGGCAUCACAAUGCUCAAAAUGGCUACAAGUUAUUACAUGAAAUAGGUGUUAAUUAGACAAGAGUAGCAAGAAUCCCAGAGAGCUGAGAAGAGGGUUUAGCAUGGUUUCCACUGGCAUAUCCAUUGACAAUCCAGCACCUGACUCCAGGGGUCACUUUUCCAUCUGCUCUAUGUGAGAAGCCCACUCCCAAGUGAUACGUAAUGCCCUCACUUCUUGGCGAGGUGCAUUUGCCCUUGGCUUGCUACAGGCAGUGGCAGGAAUGCCAAAGAGCUUGGGGAAGUCUUUAACCUUCUGUUCUCUCUGUGUCGCUUUUAGCUGUCCCACCAUCAAGAUGGGUUAAUAGCUAUGUAUUGAGUUGUAUAAUCUUUUAUAAGCUGCUUUGGGGAUUAAUUUAUUUUGAAAGGCAAGGUAUAAAUCUUUUAAAAUAGAUAAAGGGGUAAAACAAAAGGAUUCACCAGCUUUUUAACCUUUUUCUAAUAAAAAAAAAUCUAGCACCUGAAAAAGAAAUAUGUCCUAUGUUUAUGGGAAGGUUCAUUCAUUUAUCAUUACCCUUGGCAUUCAGUUAUAGGCAUAAAUGGUCUAACUUCUCACUGGAGUUCUAUCCAAACUAAAAAUCACUAAUAUGCUAUUUUUGUGCUUUAUUUCUUUUAAAUCAAAUCACUUCAGAAUCACUUAAGGAAAGGUUCCCCAUAUGCUUACUGCUGUACCAUCUGGGCUGUUUUCAGGUCAUUACAAUCUGUUGUGUAAAUAAGUUCCAUAAUAUGUAGCAAACAUGCACAGUUUUCUCCAAAAUGUUGAGUCCGUAUAUAGAGGCACAGAGUCAAAUUAAAUUUGAUCCAAAACUCAAGAGUGAACCUACCCCAUCCUACCCCCACGCCUGGAAGUGAUGCCUCUUAAUCAUUUCAUGACUUGAAGAAAGUAUGAAUGGAUUUCAGUAAAAAGCAGAAUGCCUGAGGGGCUGUCAGUAGAACUGGAUAUCACAUGGCUCUUCUUCACACAUACAAAGUACUAACUUAGGUUGCUGCAAUAAUCAAGUGAUAAAGCAUGUGAGACACCAUUAUUUGAAAAGAAACCAGAGGGAGCAAAAAUAAGAGUAGGUUAUUGGUUCAGAAGAAGCAUUCCACUAAAAUUAACUGCUGUGGUGUUAACUCAAAUGAACUAUGGUCUUGGGGAUACUUUUGUAACUUGUUAAGGCUAGUAGGCAGCCCACAUAUGGAAGGAUUGCUGCUUUAAGGCAUUUACCCAAUGUAGCAGAUUGCAGACUGGACAGCAGUUUUAUGCAUAUACAGUGUGAAUUCCCCACCCCACCCAUGGCAGCUUUCCCAGCCUGGUGCCCUCCAGAUGUUUUGGACUACAGCUUCCACCAGCACAGCCAUUGAGGAAGCUGGUAUAUUAUUUGUCCCUUCUAACAGAAUGGGACUGAUUCCAGUCUUAGGAUGGGUUGCAAUGUCUUACUGUUGAGCUUGUGGUGUUCAGCAGCUUCAAAUGUUUAUUAAAAGGACUGCUUACCUAUUGGAAAAAUCUGGUGAUAAUUUGUAGAGGGGAUAGUUAGGUACAGCUGUUCUAUUUAAUUUUCACUGUUCAGCUCAGAGACAGAAAUACAUUAUCAGAACAUCUAGUAAUGACAUUUACCUGAGAGUACUUGUACUUUUAAAAAGUUUAUGUUUUUGCAGAGAGAAACUUGGGAGAAUAGUUUGCGUUCUUGGAACAUCAAGUUCACUUGUUUGCAUAUGAAAAAUAUAAGGUCAAGGACAUGGAUCUGUGAAUUGUUUGUUUGUUAAACUACUGGUAACUUACACAUAGUGCAUUUUCCCCAAGAUUGUCCAUUGAGAAGCUAGAGGAAAAGGCUGUUUUAUAGGUCAGAAAGCUUUUCUUUGCCAUCAAUAUGUGUAGCUUUACAUUUUUCAGUGCUGUUUUUAAAAGGGAUUUUUAAAAAAUAAAAUAGGAGAAUUUCACAAAAUAUAUUAGUUCUCUUCAGAAUUUUGAAUCUUUCACAGCCCAGUACUUAAGUCUAUUUACUGAAGUAAGAGCUGCAGACUCAUUUCAUAUAUAAAAUAAACCAGUUUGUCAUUGCCCUUGAGACUGGUUUGGAAGCUGCAGUCUGGUUGCUGUUGUGCACUGGGGAACUGAUAACAUAUAACACCUGUGUUGAGAGAGCUGCCAGUACAUUGUUAGAGUAUAAACCCCUAAACAACCUGGAGCCUGUGUACAUAAAAGGCUGCCUUAGUCUCUAUGCACUUCCCUGAUCUUUGUGAUAUGCUACCAAGGAACAUCUGGAGGUGCCUGGCAUGUCAGACCAUCAACAAGAGCGCGUGAAUUUAGUGUGGUAGCGCUAGGGUUAGGGAACUCUACCCAGUGCAAUCAAAUCUGGCACCAGUUGUAAUUUGUUUUAGGCAUGAACUUCAGACUACAUUAUUUCAGCAAGUCGCCUUAUGAAAAUGAUUUACUGUUUUUAUGCCCUUGUUGUCGGGUAACCCAAUCUGUACUUCUUUCUGUUUCUUUAAUGUAUUUUGAUUCAGUUUUAUUUGUUUUGUUUCUGUACAUAGUGUAGAUAUAUUUUAUCCGUUUGCUAUUUGGAAAUGAAUGAAUAAUAACAACAGUUACAAAAACAAGCUGUGGUAAGCCUUGAACUCACUCAGUCAAUCCCCCUCUUGUGCAUGUCAGGGUAAUAGACUGAACGUUUUCACUUUCCAUUUUGAAUAAACUGCACCUUCUCUUUACAUCCAGAUGAGAUAAAUUGUGGUGUAUCCUAAUUGUUUUCACAGAUAAGGAUCCAAUUGUACUUUUAGAUACUAGUUUGUAAGCUAACCAUGGGCCCAGUUUAGCAUUAUGUUCAAACUGCAGUUCAGCAUUGUGUGUGUUAGCUGGCCUGGACUCACCUGCUCCCUCUCUGGCAGGCUGUGAGGAAGAGAUCAGAAGCAUUUGCUUUUAAACUAACAAGAGUCUCCAUUAUGUUUGAACUCAUGGAACUUUGGUUAGUAUAAACUAUGGUUGGUGAACAAACCAAGAUUAUAAAUCAUUCUUAAACCCUUUCAUUUCAGCUGACUAUAGGAAAUCUGGUUAGUUUAAAAGCUGAUCCUUCCAGCUGCACUUGGAGGACAGAAUGCAUAAAUCCAAGACUUGUAUUGGUUCAAAUGCAAAAUGCUGUAGUUUAGUGUUAUGUCCAAAAAUUAUCUUAGUUUAACUCACAGUUUUCAGAGUUCGGACAUGAUGGAAAACUGCAGUUUAUUCAAAAAAGUGCACAGUAGUCUCCCCUUCUUCAGGACAUAUGGCAGAGGUAGCAAUGCGGCGUCCACCAGAUGUCGUUGAAGUAUAAUGUACAUCAGGCCCAGGCAGCAUGGUCAGGACUGUUGCAAGUUGUAAUCCAACAAUAGUCGGAGGGUACCACAUUAGCUACCCCAGCAUAUGAGAAGGAAAGCAUCAGAUUUAAAGCAGCAUUGCAAACCGCCAGUCUGUGGGCCUAAUAAACAUUUGGCUUGGCGCAGUUCUCAAUUCAACCUAUGAGACUGUUCCUCACAAGCCAAGGUCAUCUGCCAUCAUAUGCAAUACAGUAUUGGGUGUCGGGCUGGUAAGGAUGUCCUGUAGAGAAACAACUGGAAGCAAUCCAGUGCCUCUGUAUUGGUAAACCAGCACAAGAUUAUUCUAAUAAACACAUUUCCAACAAAACAUCUGUUUGGGUGGUAGGUGGGUUUUUAUGUGUGUGUAUGAGAGUGUGAUAGAACAUACACACCAGGUCUGGAGAUACAUAGAUAAGCACUAUUGUAUGUUAGUCAAAAUAAUGAUUAGCAUGGAGAUGAGCUGUCUAUCUCAGCUAUCACCAACUGAAAUGAGGCAUCCUGCUCAGUAUAAGUGUGAUAGAUUAUAGUUUUCUAUCUUGGUAGACAAGGACUCUAAACAUUUGAGUCCCUUUGAAAUGUAUAUAUUAAACAGGACUAGACUAGAAAAACCAUUAAAGUCAAAAGCCCUUAUGUGAACAUGGACAGUUCCAUGCACAUGACUGGGUUGCAGCCUGUAACAUAGCCAUUACCAGCGUCAAAUAUUUGACCCACCUGAGAACAACUUAUCUAUAUGUGGGUGUUUCUGGUAUGCUUUAUAUACUAUUUCAACUUAUCAUCAUGUUGCACAUAGUAGCUGGAGUUUAUCAUUUUGUACUAUUUUGGUGGCCAGAAUGUCAAAUCUUAGCUCUUUAACAUGCUUUGCUUUAGGCCCAGUUUUCCCUGAAGUAAUUACAUCUAGGCAAUACCACUUUAUACAGCUGGCAGGGGCUUGCAGGCUGAAUAUUCUUGAGUACACAAAUGAUUCAUUACAUGAAGAAGUGUGCUAAAUUAGCCUUGUUUUCUAUGAUAGAUGGGUGUCAUGUAAGCCCCCUCUGGCUGUAUGAGGUGAUAUAGCCCAGAUACAAAUCCAGCACUUCAGCAAGAACCAAGGCUUGGUGUCAGGUGUUAAACAUGUUUAUACUGAAUAUAUAUCAAUUCUCAGUACUCCUAAUGGAAAAUAAUUGGUAUUUCAGUGUAUUUUAUACUUUGUGUUAACACCGCAUUUACUUCCUUCACCUGUACAAGAGUACCUGUGGUUGGACUCCAACAUUCACAUGAACAUGAAAUUUAAGGAAUUGUAAUCACAUUCUUGAGUGCUACCACUGCCUUCAUUUUUCUGUUAAUAAAUGGAAGCAUGAUUUAAAUAAGAUGCUUAAUGUGGAGUGUAAUUCAAGGUUAAACAGCCUCAAGUUGUGCUGUUUACUCAUAAUUAGGUAACUUUUCUAAUGGUACGUAAUAUUUCUAAACCACUUCUUCCCAUUUUAUAGAUGAGGAAGUUUAUGCUGAAUGCUUGUGCUUUGCUGCAGACCUUAGGAAAAGUUGUUGUCAGAGUUACAGUUAGAUCAAGCUUUCCAGAAAGCCAUUAAAGUUGCAAUUCUAUUAGCUCUUUCUAGGGGAAUAGGUUCCAUUACACGCACUGGGGCUUACUUUUGAGCAAAUAUGCUUAGUUUGACCUGCAUAUCUUAGUUUCUCAGAAAUUUUGUUUGCAGACUGAUAUCCCUGUGUAUAAAUGCUGUAAUAAUGUUGGUUCAGUUUCAUGUUUUGUACUCUUUAUUUUGAACCCAAAACAUUGAUUUACAGCUUUUCUAGUUGCUCCAAGCAGCAUACUAACAUUUCAAAAAUAAAAUACAGAUUGAGCAAACAAAGCAAACUGAACAUUCAGAAAUAAGUUAGGGGGUUGAAUAUAUGAUACACAUCUUCUCACCAAAACCAGGGUUGAAAUUCACCAUGAAUGUACAGUAUUUAUCAUUUCAGAAUUUAUACAGAAAUAGCCCUCUUUCUAGGAUAGUGUCACCUGCAAUGUGGUAAACAAAUUCCAAAUUUUAACUGCAUACCUUCUUCUUUGGCAAUCACUCAUAGCCAAGUAAGAUUGUCUUCCAUGAAUGCAGUCUUAACAGUGAGUCCAUAAGUGACUGUGGAGGCCAAUUCUGAAUCCACACAUCCUUCCACAAUGGGGUCAUAGGUUUUUGGAAAGGAGUUAAUCAUGGUGAGGGUUUGCCAAACCCACAAUGGGGUUAUAGGUUUUUGGAAAGGAGUUAAUCAUGGUGAGGGUUUGCCAAACAUGCCUUCCUCUUAGUAGGUUUUCCCCUUUCAUCCUGAUUUCGAGCUUCUUCAAAGUCCAUUACACCUUUGGUAAAGGCUGUUCUCCAAUUGGAGCACCCGCAGGCCAGUGUUUCCCAAUUGUCAGUGUUUAUAUUACACUUUUAAAGAUUUGCCUUGAGAGAGUCUUUAAACCUCUUUUGUUGACCACCAGCAUUACGCUUUCCAUUUUUAAGUUCAGAAUAGAGUGGUUGCUUUGGAAGACGAUUAUCAGGCAUCCGAACAACACAACCAGUCCAACGAAGCUGAUGUUGAAGAAUCAUUGCUUCGACACUGGUGAUCUUUGCUUUUUCCAGUACACUGGCAUUAGUUUGCCUGUCUUCCCAAGUGAUAUGUAAUUUUUUUCCGGACGCACUGUUGAUGGAAUUUUUCGAGGAAUUGGAGAUGGCAUUUUAAAGUGGUCCAUGUUUCACAAGCAUACAGUAAGGUUGGUAGUACAAUAGCUUUGAAAAGAAGCAUUUUUGUUUCCCUGUGAAUGUCCUGAUCCUCAAAGACAGAGCUCAGGUGAUGCUGGAUUUCGGCAUCAAUGUUGGUCCUUGUGGGAAGAUAACUGCCCAGGUAGGAGAAGUGAUUGACACUUUCCAGUGUUACACCAUUGAGUUGGAUUUGUGGUGCUCCAGAGGGGUUGCUUUGUGCUUGUUGGUGCAGCACACUUUGGUUUUUUGGAUGUUGAGUGAUAGGCCAAGCUUUUCAUAAGCUGUGAAUAAAUUUAGGAUGGUUUGGAGGUCAUCCUCUGAGUGUGCACCCCUAAAAUCUAUUGAUGUUUUGCCUAUCCUUUUUUGUUUUAGCCAAUGUUAAAAAUGUCCCAUGGUUUUUUUAAGCAGCAGCUGAUCCAGGGAAGCAGAUCAAAGUGCUUCUCUCCUGACACAUGGCUUCGUUUGGGACAUUCUACUAUCCUAAGAUAACAUUGCCAAUGUAUGUUUAAGAAAGUUUCUAUGAAGGUUGAUUAUGACUUCUAAUUAAGGAAUAACUUGUAUUCAUUCAAGAAAAGUCCAUCACAGGGAAUAUAGUUCUUUUUUAAAUGAGACAUAUGCAUGUGAGUCAGUGUUAGAAACUGAGAUAUGAAAGCUAGGAGCUAAAUGACACCUUAAACCUAGGUUAUGGGUGCAACAGCAGAAUGUCUAGGUGCACUUCUUUUAAACAAGAAUACAAACCUGAAAAUGAAUUAACUUCAGCUAAAAUAUUAUGUUCAUUUUCACAUGGACAAGUCCUUCCCCUGCCUACCCCCCUAAUAUUCUUAAGAGGGUCUUCAGAGAGUAGCUGAAAGUGGGAAGGCAGAAAAAGGUCCUUCUUUCCUUCCACUCUGCAGUUUUAAACUGAAAUCUUAGGUGCAGUACUGCACCCAGAGCUCAGAAACUGCUUGUGGGAAUGAAAUUCCCAGUCACAAAAUGCACCUAGAACAAUGGGAGUUUCAAACGCUGGUGUGAGUUCCCCUUGUGUAGAAAUGAUAAAAUAAAAGUUGAUUUCAUUGUUGAAGUAGAAAUCGAAUAGCCUUUCAGUCUUGUCUUGACUGCAUCCAAUUCUACGUUCUCUUGGGUUAAUUUCAAAUAGAAAGUUGAGAUUCUGCCUACAGUUAUUUGGGAGUAUAUCCCAUUGAAUUCAGUGGGUAGAACUUGAUAAAUUCCAACUCUAAUUUCUAAAGCUGCAAGUUAUAAAAGGAUACAUUUAUCAUUUCCCCCUGAAAGUAUAAUUGGUGUGGUUUAUUCCACCCCACCCACCUUGCUUUCGUUAUGUGGAAAGUUUGAAUUUGAAGAACUGAAACUGCAUUAAAGCAUGGGCAGUUGGAUGAUAAAUUGUGGUUGUUACACAGAACUUGGGCAAUUGCUUACAUAUAUUGGUGGUGAUUCACAUGAUGGUGCCCCCUUGUGGCCCCUAAACAGCAUUAAUAUAGAUAAAAAGAGAGUGAUAUGUUUAAAACUCUAGAUGCAGUUGCUGUAUAGACAAGAAUAUUGUUCUGAAUCAACACCUGAAGGAACAAUUAUAUUUCAUUAUAUUAUUUGUUGGCCCAGAGCAGAAAUGCUUAUCUGGCUUUGUUUCAUUUGCACAUUCAAAUGCAUAUCAACAUGUACAGUAUUCUGUUUUAAUAGUAUGGCUGGUGGUCAGGGCUUAUGGGAGCUGUAGUCCAAAAAACAUCUGGACGGCACCACAGUGGCUACCUCUGGUUUAGUGCUGGAUAAUGCUAGGUUUGCUGUGUGUGUAGUUAAUUCCGUAUUUACUUGAAUGUAAUUCACACCUUUUUUGGCCAAAUUACAUCACAGAAAUUAGGGUGCACAUUAGAUUUGAUGGCGCAUUUACAUUUGUCAGCAAAUACUUUUUGGUUUCAAGGUUUUGAAAGUUUAGGUGUGUAUUAGAAUUGAUGACGCAUCAGGUAUUCGUAAAUACAGUAAUCUACAUUUUAUUUAAAAAUGUCAGUAUUCAAAUAUAGCACUAUAAUCUCAUGUUUGCAAGCACAUACAAUGGUACCUUGGUUCUCAAACUUAAUCCGUUCCGGAAGUCCGUUCCAAAACCAAAGCGUUCCAAAACCAAGGCGCACUUUCCCAUAGAAAGUAAUGCCAAAUGGAUUAAUACGUUCCAGACUUUUAAAAACAACCCCUAAAACAGCAAUUUAACAUGAAUUUUACUAUCUAACAAGACCAUUGAUCCAUAAAAUGAAAGCAAUAGUCAAUGUUCUGUACUAUAAAAUAAAUAACAGUAUUGUAGAUGAUAGAAAUUAAAAUUAAUUUUUUUUCUUACCUGCGCUGAUGAUAGUCAUAAAACGAAAAACAAGCCACAGUCACAAAAAUGAAAAAGCCACACAAACAAAAACGCAAAAAACAGCAAAAACAAAAGUACCAAAUAUCACCUCAGAACACUGCAAUCAGAAACGGAAGGCUUAAAUUACAAUGAUGGGGACUCAAAUGAGCUGCGCAACAGUAAAAAUGGAAGCUCAGGAGCACGUUCAACUUCCGGGGCAAAGUUCGAAAACCAGAACACCUACUUCUGGGUUUGCAGCAUUCAGGUUCCAAGUUGUUCUGGAACUAAGCUGUUCGAAAACAGACGUACCACUGUAUAUCAUUUAUACCAAGAGGAGACAUAAGUCAGGUUCUGUUGCAAACACAAUGCUUGAGCAUUAACUACUAUUUCUGAAUAGCUACUUGAUCUUGUACCAUUAGGUAAAACUAUGGUUUGAAAACCAUUACAUCAUUCUCAAGCAGGCUGUCCUACAAGCAAAGGAUAUGACAUUGGGCACCAAACUGAACUUUUACCCGCAAAACAAGCUGUUAAACUAGUUGAGAUUUAUUUGGGACUCAAUCACAAAUUUCAUUUGAAGUUCUGGUUAGGUAUUUUAUGAUCAUGCACACCAUGAUAAUUGGAGGUCACUAAUUGUCUCAGGAGUUCUAAAUGCUUUUCUAUACCCACCCCACCAAAUAACCCUGGCUAUGUGUAUAACACUUAUUCAGUUUAAGUAUGUCACAGACCAGGCUGGACUCUUGGGUACUGACUCCUGGAUUCAUGUUCCUCCUUCAAGGCAAUCUGUGCUUGAAUCCUCAGGAAAAGGUAGAAUUAAAAAAAUCAAAUAAAUCGCUUCAUACAUUUCAGCAAGUGUGGCUUCAUGAGCCAUUUUACAGGAGGGAGGAACCCUGCCAGUCAGAAUAUAAUUUAUUAUUGUGUCCAUGCUACCAUGAUAGCUGAUGGGUUGAGCAGAAAUGUAGCUGCCAUUUUCUUCGAUGGUAGCUGCUCCCUGCUUUUUGCUAUGUACUUUACCCAUUGCUUUUUAAUUUGCUCUUUAUGUACAUACUUGAGAGUGAUAGUAGUGAUAGUGUUAAGGCACUAAAUAUGCUCAAAGCUGCAGCCCUAUGAAUACUUAUCUAGGAGUAUCUAGGAGUAGGCCCUACUGAAUUCAGUGGGAUAUGCAUCACAGAAAAUGUGUAUGUAAUUAGACUGUACUGUGUACAGAUGACGAGCCUGAAACAGCCUUUUUUUCUUCUUCACUGGAAAGGAGUCCUGUCUGGAGAGCCACCACCAAUCUGUCACUGACCUAGAUGAACCAUUCUUCUGUCUUGGUAGAAAGACAACCUCCUAUGAUGGGGCUGGGGCAUAUUUUUCUUCCGACUGCUCUUCCAUAUCCCUUUAUGGGAAAUAUCAAAAGGAAGAAUAUGAAAUUUAAAAUAGAUUGGUGUUAUUGAUUUUUGUCUUAAGGGGCUAAGGGUUGAUGAAAACAGCAUAUGUCCAUGUGCUUUUCUACUGAUGGCCCAUUUUUUCUUCCAAGGAAAAAAAAUACUAAAAAAAAGCAAAAAAAGCAUAUGCUUCCAAUUUACAUAUUUACUAAUUAAAAAAAGCUUCCUGGAAACAUUAAGCAGACUAUCUUGAGUAACCUUUAACAUUGUAGCUAAUGGAUAUCGCCUGGAAAUUUUCAUAGAAGGUCUUCUAAAUAAUGUAAAUGAUUAUGAAUAUGUAACUAGUUAAUAUGCAGCUACGAAAGGAUUAUCAUGUAGAGGUUAAUGAACACGCUGCACUUCACGGUUUGCAGGGCUUUUGCUUUUGUGCCUUUAGCUCACUUCAUGCUUGGAAAGUCAUGCAUUGGGAAUGGAAAGCUUCCUGUUUCCCUUUCUGGAAAUGGGGCACUUGAGCUGGAACUUUCUUAAAAGGUUUCAUAAACAUUUUUAGUGUUGUUCAAUGCCAACUUCCCAAACCUUUUCAUUAUACAGCCCAUAACAGUAGUAGUAGUAGUAAUGGCAGUAUUUAUGUAGCAUAUUAUUCUAGUAAUCCUUAUUACAGUCCUGUAAGGUAGGCCAGUGUUACUAGCCCCAUAAUGUCGAGAAAUCAGCCAGGUCAUUCAUGCUGUGAAUAUACUUUGAGUUUCAUAGGAUCAUAGAAUUGUAGAGUUUGAAGAAACCCCAAGGGUUAUCUAGUCGAACCCCCUGCCAUGCAGGAAUCAUACAUGACAGAUGGUCAUCCAACCUCUGUUUAAAAUCCUCCUAGGAAGGAGAGUCCACCACCUCUUCUGAGAGUCUCUUCCAUUGUCAAAGAAGCUCUUACUGUCAGAAAGUUCUUCCUGAUAUUUAGUUGGAAUCACCACUGUAGCAAGAAAAAGCCACUCUAGCAAGAAAACAUUACUGUGUGCUCCCAUGUGGCUGAGCUGAUUCAGUGUAGUGGGAGGAAGAGGAGUAGCAGGCGGGGUAGGGAGGAAGGGCCACAGCUCACUAGCAGAGCUUCCAUCCCGCAUGCAUAAUGUCCCAGGCUCAGUCCUCAAUGGCAUCUCCAGGUGAGGCUGCGAGAGACUCCUACCUGAAUCCCUGCAGAGCCACUGCCAGUCAGUGGCAUCAGUAUUUCUCAAACUUGGGUUUGUAUGCUACCUACUUUCUGAUUUCUUCAUGUACUUUGAUUCUGUCCCUUACUUCCUGAUUCUGAAUUUAGUUUGCCGUAAGUAUUGUUCGCCCUAGUCCCGCCCCCCCAUCCAAAUCUGAAACCACAAUUUGUGCACUAGCUAUGACAAACUAUGGUUUGUGGUAACCAUUGUUUGCGUAGUUUCGAUAUUGUGGUUGACUAUAUGGAAGAAGUUAUGGUGAAUUACUAAGAGAGAGAGAGGAGGAAAUGCAUAAACCUAAAAUCCAUUUACAGGGUGUCUGAAAUGGAGUCAGUGGCUUGCAACUGAGGCAAGAUUUGAACCAGCAACCUCCUAGAUUGUAGUUUAUUAUCUUGGCAACAAUGCUAGACCAACCAAUGAGCUACAACAGCUCUUAUCUGAGGACAUUAAAUUCUUAUUUUGAUUUAUUCUGCUGGAAGUAAUGAAUAGUUGCCUCAUUCUUUUCCAAAAAAUCUAUUAAGGAACUCUGAUUUUAGAAGGGGAAAAAUUAAAUACAGUAGAACACAUCUAUGUCAGCUACAUUUGUUUUCAGAUACACAAUUUUUAUAGUGUAUGGCAUAGAAUAGGAUGAUUCUUUCUGCCUCUUCAUGUACAAAAAUGACAAGCUUACAACAAAUUGAUGGGAUUUUAUGAAAGUAAUAUUGCUUUACAUUUUUAAGUGGAUUGUGCAAACUUCACUCAGGCUGAGUCUACAAUCUACCUUGGAGUAUCUGAAUAUAAGCCAAAUCUUCAUAGUUUUGCCAAGCCCCAUCAGUCCCUCUUUACAAAGAAACCAUCUGCACCUGUGCUUUCAUGGAACAUUGAAGAUAAAACAUUAUUUUUCUGGCAAAUGUUCCCAGUAGUUGCUUUCACAUGUUAGCUUGUUUGUGGGUACAUGAGAAACAAAUAUUUGUAAAGAUGAUUUGUGAAACCCUAUAUUCAGAUCGGAAAUAAGUAUGAGUUACUUUAUUAAGUUCCUUCUACAUGCAGAGGUUUCACAAUCCUCAGAGUAAAAUUGGUAUAUGUUUGCUUCUGAUAUACAGUCUGUGGUCCAUAGAGCUAUUUGCAUCUAUGCAAACCCUUCUGCUCCCUAGCUGGGACACUCUGUAUUUCCUCUACUGAACAUACCUUCUUUUUAUUGCUUUGGCUACUGGAGCAUUUCUUACCUUAUGAAGAAGCAUUUUGGGAGUGGAGGUACAAGAACUGCGAUGGAAAGAAGGAGAUUCAGAGUGCUGAAGAGUCCCUAUCCAUGUUCAGAAGUGUCACCUGCAGUUCCUAACAGACAAUAGUUGAGGGAGCUAUUUGAAUCUGUAACUUCCCUCUGGGUGAAAAUACAGUGGGACAUCGGUUUUCAAACGUAAUACGUUCUGGAAUACCAUUCGACUUCGGAAAACUGAAAGCAGAAGCCUCAAUUCAAUAGGGAAACUCAAAAUGGAAGCUGCGUAGGAUGUUCAGGUUCCAAAAAACGUUCGAAAACCGGAGCAUUUACUUCUGCGUUUUUGGCGUUCAGGAACUCAAAUGUUUGAAAACAGAGCCGUUCGAGAACCGAGGUUUGACUGUAGAAGUUUGGGAGAUGGGGAAAAUUAUUUUUAUGGGGGCUGCCGUGCGGGGGGGGGGGGCGGGGAAGAGUAAAUCCCCUUGCUUACAUGUUGUGGUCCCAUUCCUGAUUGCGUCUUUAGAUGCAUGCACACAUUUUAAGGGGCCAAAGACCUUUCAGCACAACUGAUUACCUAUUGUUUCUCAUAUGUUGCAUAUAGUCUUACCAACUUCCUUCAAAGUUGUAUUUAUGUUGUUUAGAUAGCUCAUUGCCCAGGAGCACAUGAUAUAAUAUUUUGUACUUGAGAAAGUGCUGCUGUCACCAUUAUGUGAGACAGGCAUUUAUUAGACUGGGGUAGUCAAUGUGGUGUCCUCCAGAUGUUAUGGACUACAACUCCCAUCAUCCCUGACCAUUGGCCUUGCUGGCUGGACCUGAUGGGGGUUGUUGUCCAAAACAUCUGGAGGUUACUACAUUGGCAACCCCUGUAUUAGAUAAUGACUCACUGACCAACAAGGAUCGUAACUCCGUCUCCUGUGUUCACAUUGUUUUGUAAACUAUUCAGAGGCAAUGCAGCUUUAUACUGUUAACAAUUUAAGUAUGGUUUUGUGUGUGCAUUUAGUUUGAUGAAUACCAGAAACACUCUUCUCUCCUUCCACAAAUGUGUCCCGCUAGCUUGAGAACAACUGGAACAGCUCUUAUAUAUACAUUAUACCUCCAAGAUACGAUAAAGGGAAUGGUAAAACCCUCUCCUCCCAUACCUUGUAUAUGUGAAUAGAUUCCUUUGUUACUAUGAGGGAGUUUUGAACUCGGGUAUUGUCAUUACUAUUAUUAUUUAUUAUUAGUGUUCAAAGCCCAGAAUGUGUUUAUCAUAUUUGAAUGCUUUAAAAUUUUGGUAGUGUAAAUAGUGGGAUCUAAAACUUUCAUGUGUUUUGUGGGGGUUUUUUUAUUGUUUAAAUAGUGACAAGAACCUGGUCUUCUAAUGUAUUUUGGAUUAAAUAAUAUUCCUCUUCCCAGAAGUCUGUAAAUUGAUGGAUGUUAUAAUAUUCACUUUUGUGUAUGUGUAUAUAUUAUGUUUCUCAAAUUGUAAUCAAAGUUCACAUUGUUUUUUUAUAUGAUUAAUCAGAUGUUUAUUGCACCAGGGUGAAACUGAAGGUCAGAUUACAGUUUAGAGUUGUAUUAAUGAAGAAAAAUGUUUUUAUGGGUGAUUCUGUUUUAAACAAACAGCAAACAUGCACUCCUCUUAUAAAUUAUAUUUGCUUUAUUCUGCAAAGCAUGUAACAUUGAAAACAGAUGUGUAGAUUGUACAAAAUACUGGUUUUAUCUUGUAUCAUGUGUCAUCUCGUCGUUAUGGAGCAUGCAUUGUAUCAAAAUAUGAGUUGGGGAAGGUGUAAUUUAUUCUAUGGUUAUCAGUUUGGAUUAGAGCAUUGUGAUAAAGUGGGCUGCUUAAGAACGAACGUUCGCGCGCCUUUGCGCUGACAAAUAAAAAUGUAUAGUGAGACGCCACCAGAUCUGUAAAGCGUCUGCUCUAGUUUCUGAAACAUUGAGUUUGCAGCUGUGUGCUUAGCCUUGUUUUUUCAUGAGCAGUUAUCUGUUUUAAUGACAGGUGGUCACUAGCUGCCAAGAAAAAAUUCAGCACUGGUAAGUGAAAAAUGUUUGCUUGCAUGCCUAAAAUACCAAUAAAAUACUCUAUGUGUGUGUUUAGAAAAGUGCAAUGCGUAUAGUUUUUGGAAAAUGGACCAAAUUCAAAUAAUGCUAUAUUUUGGUACAUAAUUUUGAUCUUGUCCUGGCUUAUUGAAAUGCACCCUCUGCAUUUCUGUGAUGCUCUAAUGCACUAUAUAAUCAUACUUUAAAUCUGCAUGUCUCUUUAAAAUGACACACACUAAUUCCCCCUUUCCCCACCCAGAGUAAUCAUAUAGAAAGGCUUAAGUCUAUAAAUCUACAAAGCACAACUAUAUAUUUUUGUUUCUGUUCCAAGAAAGCUAAAGUGACAGUAAAAUGCAGUGUGGUUGGGCACUGAAAUGGUCUUGGGAAGUAUCCAAAACGUGUGGAUAAGAAGAACUUUGAAAAAUCAGGUCUGCAAUUUAUAAAGGGGUCCAUUGGCUUCAAGAUAGAUAAUGGCCUUUUCCCAUUUUAUCCAAUUGCAAUGAAAAUAUAUUAGUUUAAAGCCUUAGGUAAACGUGAGACUUCAGAGAGAUUAUUAUCCCUUAAAAUAUUAUCCCUGGCCUGUCUUUGUUGCUCUUUUAAUGUGAUGCUUUUUUAGUUAAUAGGAACCAUCUUGGGUAAAUGAAAGUUUCAUAUGAGUAUCUGACAGGAAAAGGUAUAUUUAAUGGUGAACGAUUUUGUAUGAGUUAUAGAGAGAUAACACUUGAUCUUAACAGAUACCAAAUUAUGCUACAUCCAUGCUGCGUUUACCAGGAUUUUACGGAGAGAACAACAGGAGCCUUCUUGAUUAUUGUCUGCAGGGUUAUUGCAAAAUCACAGCAACUGCCCCUUUUAGUGGAGAGAUUAAACUUUGGUUAUACACCAUCAAGCAUAUAAUAUUUUAAAUUUAUUUUAAGAGGCUUUUUCUUCAUGCCCGAAAGACCUCUGAGCAAAUAAUUUAUAGUUCGUGUGUGUAAUAAAAUGUUUGGGUUUUUAAAAAUAGUUUAAAAGCACAUAAGUUGCAAGCCAUGGAUAAGAAGAAUGGGGGGAAAGGGGAAUCAAGGCCAUCUUUACACCUCAUCAUAUUAAAUUGUGACUAUUGGUUUGUAGAAAAUGGUCUAAAACUAUUAUGCUUUGCUAAUGUUUAAAAUUCAGAAACCACAUUAAUUUCCAAUAAGAUGGAUAUUAUAGUGGUGCCCACUAUAAAAUAAAAAGAUCUCUGCUUGAGAAUCUGAAAGAGUCACAUCCAUUCAGAGUUGACAGGGCUGAGCUAGAUGGACCAAUAGUGUGGCCUUCCAUAACACAACUUCCUCUGCUCCUUUCUAAAAUUGGGUGCUCAUCUGAAUGUGCAUCCCUAUGCUGCGCCAACUGGUUAUGCAUAGCUGCAUGAAAUGAGUUAUAUAGGAUGAAAGUCUUGCCAUGCAGUGCUAUCAGGGAGUGGAAUUGCCAAUGUAAAGUGGCAAGGCAGGGGCAUCACCAUGGUUGCUUGGGCGAAGGAGAUUUAGUCCCUGGUCUCCAUCUCUCACUCAAAACAGUAGUGGAUCAUGGCAACAGUGGAUGCAAACAGGCAACCAAAAUACACAAGAAAGUGGAAGGUAGAUGAGUUUUGCAAAUAUUUUGACAUACACAGCCAGAAACAUUCUCAGGAUAAAAUAUCACUAUAAAAUAUUUUGAAAAGCACUUUCAAAACAACAAUUUAAAAGGUCCCCACAUAUUCCUCUAUAUGGUAAGGGGGCCUUGCUCUCACACACAGGCAUAGCACUGUUACUGUGGCUUUUGUGCAACUUACCACUCCCAUCCCUUUCAGGUAUUCAGUUCUAAGUUUUGUAUUAAUGUACCCAUAGUUUUACAGAUUGAGUGUCACAGAUCUGAUUUCCUGGGAAUGUCUGAUUCUGUGUUGUGUUGGUUAAGGCCUUAUCAUGAUCUGCCUGUUUCUUCCCUCAGUCUAGUAACCUAGGUGGUCAGUUUAUUUAUUUUAUUUGUUUAAAAUAUUUAUAAGUAGGGAAGCACGAGUAUAGAGUAAGGAAUCUAUUGACCUGAUAGGCACUGUGCCCAGCACCCAUCCGCAAAGCUAUGGCUCAAGGUAAAUGGUUUUAGCUGAAUGGGCUAAACAUCAUCUUUUCACUGCAGUUGUUGUCUCUUACUGCCUUGCAGACUGUGUUGUGAUCAUGCCAGGCAAAGAGAACAGUUGCACAAAAUGAAGACCUUUUAUCUCUUCCCUGCACAAACCCCUUUAAAAUUCAUUUGUAAUUCUAUUGAUUUAAACAUCAAACCUCCAAAACAGCCAGAUAUGCCAUCCUUAAGAAAUGAGUCCCAAAUCACAAAUGACAAGUCUGUCUCUUGAGAUAUAUAUACUUCUACUCAGAAGUAAGUCCUAUUGAAUUCAGUAGGGUUUACGCUCAGGUAAAUGGGUAUAGGAUUGCAGCCCAAUAGAACUUGGUCUUACGCUAUCAUGUUUAAGAUAGCUGUCUUCUAAGAAUCGUUUUCCCUGCAUGGACAAUGUACAUUUGUGGUAUUGUUCACAUUAUUUUCACACACCCAUUUUACAAUAGGGAAUUUAGUAAUGCCUUGAAAGUAUUCACAACAGGGUCCAUUUUUGCAUUCUCUUAACCAUGGCAAUUUCUCUCUCUGCUUUUAUAUAAACCCCAACUGAAAAGUAAUUAGCAAACUUAUGUACCUUGUUCUUAAAGUCUGUUGGGAUUGAAAGUAACAUGGUUUGAAUUCUGCCAACAGGAAGAAGGUGGAGAGUGACUAUGAAGCUCUUCAGGAACGACUUGGCACAUUGCCUGACAGACUCUCUUAUGAUAUCAUGGUAGGUACUAUUUAGUUCAGUGGAAUUAUAGGCAGCCCUUUUUAUUAUGGCCCACUGCAGAUAGCGUUUCACAAACUGCUAACCAGGAGUUGUCCUGUGGUUUGUACACUGCUUUUUUCCUUCUCCUUUUCACACACUUUCCCUUUCCAUAGGCAACCCUGGUACAAUGCAACCAUGGUUAGGGUUUGCAGACAAUGGUUUAAGCUAAUGAUGUAUAAUGUUAACACUGGUGCAGACAUAACAUUGCACUACACUUAGCUCCAAGAAGGAUUCAAUUAACCCAUGAAGUGCUUGUGACCAUCUAAAGGUUGUUAGAUUUGGAACAUCAUAUCUGUGCUAGAGCUAUUUGCACUUGCUUUGGAUUGGCUCUGACUGACCACUCCAACCCUUGCAAAGGUGGGAGACCAGUUAGGUAAGGCAUUGUUCAGUUGGUGAAGAACUGUGGCAGGGAAUGCCCUCCUUAGUGAGGUGUGUCAAUAUCCAGUCUCCCUCCCUAUUAACUUUUAGAAGAAAUUUGAAAACAUUCCUGUCUACACAGACAUUUGAUGGUUGAAAGUUCUGUCCCUGUUCACCCUGAAAUUAUUAAUUUGGGAGUAUGUGAUUGCUUUUAGGAGUCUUUAAACUGUUUUUUAGAAGGUUUUAAAGUAUUUUAAAGAAGUUUUAAUGGAAUUGUUUUAGUAUUGAUAUGUUUGCUGCCCUAGGCUCCUUUUGUGGAAGGUGCAGGAUCUGUUUAAUAAAUAAAUAAAUACAGUAAUGAAGGUAUUGUAGUUAGCAAUGAUUGAUUAUAGACAGUGUUUAAAUGUAUGUUUUCCUAUUCCUGUCUUGUUUCUUGAAAUCUAUAAUAAAUUAUAAUCUCCAAAUUUUUGACAGACGUACUAAGACAAAAUCAAACAUGUUUGAUAGAGCCUGUUUAUUUUAUUGAAACCUAUAAUUAAACCUGCAAUACACACUAAUUUCCUGUGAGGUGGAGAAGCAAGCAAGCAAUCGUAUUUCCUGAGUUUUAAGUUGUGGGUAUUGAUUUGUAUAAAAAGCUAGUUUUUUGUUUCAUGGAAACCAAAAGGGAUAUUUUCUUGUUCCUUCUGUUCCUAGGAUAUCUCAGUUGGACUUUUACUCUUGUUGGGAUCUGUAUUCUUUUGAAUUUGGACUAAUUGUCAAAGAUUUCAAAUUCAGUAUUUCAGUGUAAUCACAGAGCUCAAAAUAUUAGUAAUAACACAUAACAUUCUCUACCUUGAGGAUUCUUAACUAAAAUGCUAAUGGAUGGAACAUUAGAAGAUAAUGUCAAUUUCAUGACUCAGCAAUGUGCACACAUCACGUGUCCUUAAUUUACUUCCUGGUUUUAUGGUGCAACUCAUCUGGGAACAUAAAAGCAAGUUAUAUUUAAAUAAUAACAACAACAAUAAUAACAAUAAUGAGCUCUUGUACUUGUGUUGCAUUAAGGAAGUUUCCAUGGAAAGACUUUUGUUCUUGUUUGCUACAAAAUUAGCUUGAUAAUAUAUAAUUGCUUGCUUGAUAAUAUAAAAUAAACUGAAGUUAUUCUGGCCCUAAGAGUCCCCACCACCACACACUGAUUGCUUGGUCAGUUUCAUUAUUGUCCUGUAAGAUUUAAGAGUGAUUGGUAGGACCCAGACCAAUCCUUGCUGUUAAAGUCUAACCAUCCCCUGACUCCUGACGUGCUCUUGUCAUGCACCUUCCAAGGGAGCAGUACAUUGCAUGUUGGUAGAUCUGCAUUAAACGGUUUGCUCAUAUGAAUCCAUUUAAAAGUUAAUUUUAUGUCCAGUUUCUGAGAAACCAGUGUCUCUUCUAGGUGCCAGCUUUCUCGCGUGGAAAAGGUUGUUGGCUAAGUAGAUGCUCCUGUAACUUCAAACAUGCCUGGCUAUGUUUUACUUCUACUGUUGGAGAUAUCAUGCUUCUGAAUGCCAGUUUUUGGGAAUCACAAUUAUGGAGAGUGCUACUGCAUUCAGCUCCUGCUUUCGGGCUUCCCAUGGGCAUCUGGUUGGUCAGAACUAAAUGGGCAGUUGGCCUGAUCCAGCAGGCUCUUAACUAUGCUCUUAUGUCUGAAUAUGAUUGGCUCCCUAGACCUGACUUUGUAAGUUUGAGCAGACUCUAUAUUUGUGGUGCAGUUGAUCUGGAUCUUGGUGCCAAAUGCUGUGAGGGUAGCUAAUGAUAAAACAUGGAUAGAAAAAUAAUUAGACAGUCAUGAAAGCUAGGGAUUAAUUAACACUGUCAUUGAGUAAUUAAAAUCUUACAUUAUACCAUGACUGCCAAUUGGUAUCCUGAAGCUUUAAGACUGCCAGCAAGCUCUCGUACUAGCCAUUGAUGAGAUAUAGGACUGGAUGUUUCUUAGUAUUGCACAAGGUAGACUUCCUUUCAUCUUCUUUACCAUUGCUUUGUUCUUCUGACAGGUACCUUUUGGUCCCCUUGCUUUCAUGCCAGGAAGACUGGUUCACACUAAUGAGAUCACAGUUCUUCUUGGAGACAACUGGUUUGCAAAAUGUUCAGCAAAGCAGGCCAGCAGUCUAGUGGAGCACAGAAAAAAACGUAAGUAUCUUACUAAGAUCGAGAAAAUCGUUAAAAUCUCAUGUUGAGGUGUGGUUCAAAAAAGGUCUAAAUGAAAAGUUUAAAAAGGAGUGCUUUAUUGUGUUAACAUGUAACAAAUUAAAAUAAAAGAACCUUAGCUUUGCAAAUUACUGCAUAAUCGAACUUCAGGGUGUGCACAUCAGAAUGAACUUAUGAUGCAAUGCUUCAAAUGAAAUCAUGAAAUGACAAUACUGAUUGCAUUAACAUAUAGUACUGUAAUACUUCUCAUCUGUAAAUUACAGUAGGCAGCCUUCAAUACAAAUAUUGGCAUAGUCAUAGAAUCAUAGAAUUGUAGAAUUGGAAGCGACUCUAAGGGUCAUCUAUUCCAAUCCCCUGCAUUGCCGGAAUCACAGUUAAAGAAUCCCUGACAGAUGGCAAUCCAAGCCAUGCUUAAAAAUCUCAAGUGAAGGAGAGUCCACCACCUUUUGAGGUAGUCCAUUCCAUUGUCAAACAACUUUUACCGUCAGAAAGUUAAUCUUUCUGGUAAUUUGAAUCCCUUGGUUUGGUUGCUCCCCUCUGGAGCAGCAGAAAGUGAGCUUGCUCCAUCUUCUAUGUGACAGUGCUUCAGAUAUUUGAAGAUAGCUCUCGUGUCACCUCUCAGUCCUGUCUUCUCCAGGCUAAACAUACUCACUGCCAUCAACCGUUUCCAGACCCUUUAUCACCUUGGUCUCCUUUCUCUGCACAAAAUUGACUGGCGUAAAAUGAAGGAUCAUGAAAUAGGAUUUUUAUAUGGUCUGCUUUCAUUUAUUAUUUAUUAUACUGCUUCUGUAUCUUAUGUAUGGUUGGGGGCACUCUAGAUUGUUUUAAUUUUUGUAGGACAUCUUGGUUCUUCUCUUAAAGAAAAGCUGCAUUGAAAUGUAUUUUUUUUAAAAUUCAACCAUAAAUAAAAUUAUUCCAGGCAGAUAAAAGUUUGAUCUCUUCAUCCUAAAUUUGAUCCUUUGUCUCUCAAAGAAUUGUUCAUUGUUAACAUUUUCUUCUUUUAAGAAGCAGUCUAUAGACUAUAAGAAUUAUGAGGCUUUAUAAUGGUUUUAUAACAGUAUUAAGGGCACAACCUAUACUGAAAGCACACUGGCAAACAGAAAAACAGAAUUUGUGAAAGCCCUGCUGUGCUGGCAGAACUUGAGAUAUACCACUAGCAUGAAUGAUACACAGGCUGAACAGCUAAAACAGGAUGGAAUUAUAGGUAGAACAUGGGUGGUACAAGGAUGGAACAUUUUCAUUGUAUCCUAUUUAUCUUCAAUCUUAUCAUCAGAUGUCCAGAAUGCUGCAGCUUAGAUGGUCAGAGGUGCCUCUUUGCAAUCACAUAACAUCCCAGUGCAAUCAGAUCUGCAUAGCUGCUGCUUAACUACCUAUCCAGCUUUAAGGUUGUGCUACUUCCAUAUAAAGCCCUAAACAGCCUUGGGCCAGGUUACCUGAAAGACCUGGACUUUCCCUCCAUUGCUUGGUAAGGGCACUAAUAGAACUUGUUAAUUUUGCCAUAGGCUGGUGGUUAUUGGCUUGUGGUAACACAGAGGAGGACUUUUUCACUGGUCACACCAAUGUUGUGAAAUUCUCUCUGUGCUAAAAGGUACCUCAGUAUUGGCAUUCGGCCAUCUCUUGAAGACAUACCUGUUUAGAUAAGCAUCCACUGAUCUGAGCCUCUUUCUUUUAUUGCUGUUUCAACUGGUCCUAAUUGUUGUGCUGUUCUAAUUGGCUUGUUUUAUUGUACAUUUUAACUGUGGGUGUUUAUUUUAAUGUUUUGAUGGAAUUCUUUUAUUGUGUUUUUAAAUUGAAUGUUUCUAUUUUUGUAAUCGCUUUUAUAUUUGUAAACUGCUUAGAAGCCUCUGUGGCAAUUAUAACAGUUUAUACCAAUAAUAAUAGUUUAUACCAGCCCUGGUGCAAAUAGUCUGGCAGGAUGAAUGGGGGGAAAAGCCAUUCCGUUUCCUGGCCUCAACAUUGCAUAGGAUAUGGUGUAACGCAGCACCCAGUGACAGCACAUCACCACCAGUAUAUAAACCCUACAAAGGGAAGGGACUGCACAAAUGAUAAGGCACACAGCAUGGAGCUAUGUGUCUCUGACUCCAUGUUGUAUGCAUUUGGAGCUCCAAGAGUCAUUUCUGAUGAUGGGAAACUAUGCAGAAAACAUACUUCACAGCAAACAGCUGGCCUCAGAACACAGAGGGAAACUUAAGCACACUGCAAACACUUUUCAUCUUAGAACCCCAACAUGCCGUUGCAAAAUCUGUGUGGGUGUCAGGAUGAAGCACACCACACAGGUAAGAAAGGGAGCAUGUCUUAGGACUUUCGGGUUGGCGCCUCUGGCAAUGGCGAAUUUCCUUCCAUCGGGAGGAAUCCGCUCCGUGGAAAACAGGGUCUGAACCGCCACAGCGAGGCGGAGACCCAUCAAAAACCACAGGCGGGAGAAGCCUGUGGACGUGGGAUUCGGCUGGCACCUUUGCGCCCCCCCCUACUCACGGGGAAACCCGGUUUCGGGGAUCCGGAGCAACGUGGGAUAAGUGGCGCGGUGCUUUGAAUCGACUGCUUCUUUCACGGAGUGAAGCCGCAUUGCUGUUGCUGGAGAGCGCUGACUUUUUCCUGUGGACAAUUGGAUUUUAAACAACUGCCCGUGAGUAGAACAGAAAAUUGGAUUAAGAAACUUUAAUUUGGCACUGAAGCGGGAAGGUCUAAACAGGAAGUCCGCCUUCCGCUUUUGUAGAUAGAUUGAAGCAAAGACACGGCAAGCUAGAGUUUAGAAAGUCGUCUGUAAAGGAUCAAAUUUUCAUCAUUUAAAAUUACUGAACCCCCCUUGGAAGCAGGAGAAGAGGGGGGAACCUUUUUUAGACUGUUUAAACCUGCAGAAGAGAGAGUAAAGAAAGGCAAUUUUCCACCGUCUUGAAACUGGGAGCGGGGUGUCAGGACAGACGUUUUGGGGAAGUUCAUUCACUAUGGACAAACGUUUUUUGACAGAUACUUAAAAGAAGAGAAACAUAUUGAUUCCAUUGUUCCCCUUUGCAUUUAAAAGGAACAAAAUAUUGACAAAAUAUCCGAAAAAGGAACACUUUGUUGCUAGAGCUGCUUUAAAAAUAAAUAAAUAAAAGAUGGACACAAAUAGAAAUUGUUUCCCCUAGAGGGAGCUUGCGAAACUGUUAUUAAUGCCGAACUGGGAAGCUUUGCAGCUGUAAUAGAUUAAGAUCGUGGGACCAGACUUCGACCUUGAACAAGAAUGUGCUCAGAGGCUCUGGUGCUUGCCUUUUGCAAGAUACAGUGGUGCCUCGCAAGACGAAAAGAAUCCGUUCUGGGAGUCUCUUCGUCUAGCGGUUUUUUCGUCUUGCGAAGCAAGCCCAUUGAUGGGAUUAGCGGAUUAGCGCUAUUAGCGGCUUUUAGCGGCUUUUAGCGGCUUUUAGCAGCUUAUCAGCUUAUCUGAUAAGCAGAUAAGCGGCUUAGCGACUUAGAAAAAGAGGGGGGGAAAGGAAAAAAAAAACCCAGGAACUCGCAAGACAUUUUCGUCUUGCGAAGCAAGCCCAUAGCAGAUUCGUUUUGCGAGGCACCUCCAAAACGGAAAACUCUUUCGUCUAGCGAGUUUUCCGUCUUGCGAGGCAUUCGUCUUGCGGGGCACCACUGUAAGUGCUUUAUUGGAACAGUUACAUGAGAAGAUGGAUUUGAUGACUGUUGCGAUCGGAAAUUUUGGACAGGCAGUGGGUACCUAUAUAGAACCCACUCAGGAAUUAAUCCAGGAAUGUGCUUUGACAUAUCAGAUGAGGGAGGAGGUUGUUGCUGGACCUCGGGUGGCCGAGAUGGAGGGAGCUGUGGCCCAGCAGGAACAUGAGUUGUUAGAUUUGAUGAACGAACCUGGAAAAAGUCAGAUUUGGAGAGAUGGAGUUCAGUUUGGCUUGGAGAUGGGGGGCUGGAUAGACCCCCCUAUGCAGGGAUGUUUUGACCUUUCAAGUCUGGCUUUGGGCCGGGGGGAGCUCGGAGUUGUGGGGGCCUUUAACUUUGGAGGGACCUUGAAACAUGCCUUUAAAUAUCACAUGGAUUUCAGUGUUGACUAUGGAAAAGGGGCUGACUUGUCGAGAAGGGACAAAAAUAUUGUCAAGCUGGAGUCUCCCCGAGUGAAAGGAGCAGAAGACAAAGUAAAGUACAGGUAUAAACAUGAAGAAGACCUGCAGAAGGGACAUGGAAAAGACUUAAGAGCCUCGGAUAUAAGGUCACCAGGUUGAUGGACUAGAUGGAUGGGAUAGAAAGGACUGACAAAACCCGAGACCAGGAAGAAGAGACGAUGGAUGAAGAUUGGAAGAAAGUUUUAAAAAUUUAUUUAGAAAAGUAUCGUAAAAUUAAUGAGUAUUAGAAAAAUGUUGGAAUGAAAUUAUUUGGCUUUAGCAGAAAUGUUAAAAAGAAUUAUGUAAGAAUAUGUUAUGGUUAAGAGAAUUUGGUAUAAAUAAGAUUUAAGUUUUAAGUUUUAGGGUUUUUUAUGGUAAGAUAAGGUUAAAAUAGAUUAAGGUAAUUUAAUGACAGAAUAUUGUGAAAGAUGGAAAGGAUUUGCUGAGAUUAACAACUAGAAUACAAAAAAGGGAGGUGUGAGGAGGUCGAUGAAAUAAGUUAAUGACAGUUAAGGAUCUGGGAAUAUUGGAUUUGUUUUUAAAUUUUUUGUUUAUUUUUGCUUUUUGAUUUUGAUGUAUUGUGUGUUUUGUUUUUUGUUUUUUGACUUUGGUUUUUAUUGAUUUGUAUUGUUUAAGUGUUACUUUUAUCUACUUUUUUCUUUCUUUUUCUCUUUCUCUUGUUUUUUUCUUCUUGCUUCUUUGUAACCUUAAAAUUCUCAAUAAAUAUCAUUAAAAAAAAAAGAAAGAAAAAAAGAAAGGGAGCAUGUCUUGCCCCCUUUGAUAUGUUUGAAAAUAGCAUCUUCUGAACUUUUCCCUCUAACAUUCCCCCCUCCCCCAGCAACAGUGGGAAGUUAGUGCUCCCACACCAGGGGAGUCAUUUGGUGACACAGGCAGGUUAGCUCUCGGUUGGUACAGGCCAGGUGAUCCAGUCCACCCAGUGCCACUGUUGGUCAAACAGUCGUUAACACCUUGGCUGUGCAGGCUCACAGCCCUGGUGCAUGGAGCUGAACCCAGUGUCCACUACAACCCAUGGGGAGGAAGGAAACAGACAUCAACACUGGCAGAGCCUCAGGUGAUUCUAUUCACUUUUCUAACUGACUUCCUACUUCAUAGACAAAAAACUACUUUCCAUCCAGGUUCAGUGACUAUGUGCUUCAGCUGCUGUUUCUCAGUACUCUCUCUCUUUCCCGCUUCCCUCUCCACAGACCUCUCUCCAUGCCCCAUUCUGUGCUGACCACGAGGGAGUCAUCCCACCUAAGACCAGCAGCAGUGACCAAAAUGCUCCCAGCUCCAUGAGAUCAUUAGCCCACUUGCUCUAGACAGCUUUUGUACCCUUACAAACCCUGUGACACAGAGUUGCACAAUUGGUUAAAGAGUCCCCAGCAUGGGGUUGGUGCUAUCAGAAACACUGUACUUGCUGUACUCCUGUCUAUCAAGCCCUUAUCCAAGGUACACAUCUUGCUGGAGUGACUAGCCAACAAUCCUACGCAUGUUGUCUUUUCCUUUUAGGAGAUCCUCUGUCCCAGAUGCUCUCCAAUAAAUGCUUUGAUAUUGCCACGUGUGGUGUUGCUUUGUUGCUAGGGAGUGGUAGGUAGGCCCCCGGGAUGGAAGUGGAGUGUUUAGACAACACUGGGGAGGGAAGCCUAGUAAUAGAUUUGGUGACAGCGGCCCCUCUGCUGUCUGAUAACUCAGGUUCCCUUGACUGUGAGAGGGCAGACUUCUCAGAGAGCAAGGACCAGGUUGAGAACUUGGGGGCGGGGAAUUUGCUGGUAGUGUAAGAGCCACCUGAGUGACUUAUGCUGAUGACAGGUGAUGCUGGGGUGAGAGUUGUAAAAGCAAUAUACAUCAAUGCUGUGUGUUUCCUGGAGGGUGAGGGUGAGGCAUUUACAGGUCUGCUGAUUUGAUACUGUAUUAGUUAUAGAUGCACCUAAACUCUGUCUUGUUUGAAUGUCCUGAAUUGUAAGCUUAUACAAUUGUAAGUGAAUGAGCAGGGCAGGACUUGUUUGACCUGCCAGAAGGCUUUCUGGAAGCAUCUGUUUGGCCAUUGUGUAAAUCAGGAUUCUAGGCUAUGUGGACAGCAGAGCUCUUUGUAUGUUCUUAGCUGUCCACCUCUACUUGCCCAUCUCUCAGGUAAUGGAACUUGCCAUUUAUUGUAAUGUGUGAAAGUUGGCUCACCUUUGGGUGAAACUUGCUUACUUUUCACUAAAAAGAAAACUCCAUAUGUCAUAUAAUGACGAUUGAAGGAAUUAGUCCACUGCAUAUGAAAAGAAACAUAUUAUCAGAAAGCUUUUUAAAAGUGUAUGCAUUACUGCAUGCAUACAGUGGUACCUUGGGUUAAGUACUUUAUUCGUUCCGGAGGUUCGUUCUUAACCUGAAACUGUUCUUAACCUGAAGCACCACUUUAGCUAAUGGGGCCUCCCGCUGCUGCCGCAGCGCCGGAGCACUAUUUCUGUUCUCAUCCUGAAGCAAAGUUCUUAACCCGAGGUAGCAUUUCUAUUUCAGUCUGUAACCUGAAGCGUAUGUAACCUGAAGCAUAUGUAACCCAAGGUACCACUGUAUAUGCCCCCCACGUGUGUGUGUAUGUAUAUGGAUAUGAGAGAGAGAGAGAGAAACUGCUUCUAAAGGGACAAAUAAAUCAUCCUUAGUGCAUUCAGAAACAUGUAAACUCUCCAUAAUAUCCAAAAAGGAAUAUUUGUUCCUUUGAUUCUUGACACAGAGUGGAGCUCUGAUAUAAUGCCUGAUCAGAACAGAAGGGUGCUAGCAAAUAAUCUUUCAAAGCUACAAAUCAUACUUGCAAAUCGUAUUUGUUCUCAGUAUCUAAUUAUAAUCUAUUAGGUAAAUACUGCUUUUAAUUUUCUUCAAAUGUAUACUGAAGACCCCCAACAAAAGCUUUGUUAAAACCCAGAUAAAGUUACUUAGGUGCCAAAUCCUCCUACACAAUCCCUUAAAAGCAAGAAAAUAACAAGUUGCAUUAAAGGAAACUUCUUUACUGUGCCUUAACACCCACAUGUCAAAUUAACAGCUCUUGCUGAUGACUUAGUACCUCCACGACGUGUUGCCCUCCACCUCCAGCAUAUUAGGGUAAACAAUGCUCUCAUUACAUUUUUUCCAACUCUCACUGAAGACCACAAUUGCAUCUCUAGCCAAAAGCUGCAUUAGCAUGUUUUUACGCUAUACAUUGUGCCUUGACGAUGUGUGUGGUGAGUUCUGUUUUGUGCAGUAUAAUGGCAUGACUGAGGACGGUUUAUUCUCAAAAUACCAGUUGCAUAAGAAAAUUAUAAAAUAGAGAGAAGCUAUAAGAUAUUCACACUAAAUAUUUCUGAUGGAGGAAAUUCAUACAUUUCAAGUUUUUCAACCAACGCGCUGUAAUGUCUCUUUAAUUCACUUUGCAGAUAGGUCUUCUAUAUUCAGAAGGAAAGAACCAAGCAAGCAAAACCAGUCCAGUUUUCUUAAAUAAUUUCUGUAUCAGAUUUGACUAUUGCAGUUAUUAACUAAUUGAGAUCUGAUAUGGGUGCUGUUUAUUUUAUUUAUUUAUUUAAUUAAUUAAGGAAUUUACACCCUGUUUUUCAAGUUUUCAAGGGACAGGCAAUGUCUCAUGCCAAUGAAAAACCUUAAUCGUGAUGGACUGAUCAAAAGACUUGAGUUUUAAUUCCACAGAUUAAAAAUUAUAGGCCGACUAUAUAUUGGCUAUUGAUCAAAGUUGAGUGGUAUAACAAUUUUAGAUUUUUGUCUUUUUUUUUUACAGUUUUUCAUUACUCUUCCAAGCACUGUGCUCACCUCAUCAGGCCGCUGAGCUGAAUCUGAUUCCAAACUAGACAGUGCUCUGGACUCUUUCACAGGGUCUGUAUAUUAGUAGAAUCAGGUUCAGCAUGCAAAUGAGUUUAAGAGAACCAGUGACUAGCUACUUUCUUACAACCGUUAUCAAACAACAUUUCCUUCUUAAUUAGAUAUGUAUGUGUGAAGCCAAAUGUUUGUAAUACAGAUCUCAUGCAGUGGGACUGAACAUGUUGGACUGUGCUUUAGGGCCCUGUGAAUCAGGCAGGCCAUGUGAAGCAGGAACACAGUUGGAUUGACUGGGUUGCCAUAUUAAAAUCCAUCAGGGUUGUGGAUAUUUCAGCACUGUGAAGUGAACUCUGCUGCUUGAUGUAUACAUGAGUUCAAUAGAAGCCUAGAGACUGUGACACAUUUCUUUCGUCAUUGCUUUCAUAAUUCAUUAGUAACCUUAAACAAAAAGGCAUCGGUGUCCUGCCAAUGCUGCAGUUUUUCUGCUUUGUGAAAUUAAUUAAUUAAACUAAUUGAUUUUUAAGCAUUGUUUCUCAUCUGUGAGGCUGAACUGCUUGCUUUCUUUGCUGGAUUUCCAAAACAUUGCAGAGCCAACAGAAUCCACCUGAAAGCCAGGCCACUGUUUCCCAAGAUUAUCAAAGGU